AGAUAUAGCACUUGUCGCUUCGACAGAAGGAGGAAAGAUCUCCUGUAUCGUAACCGCGCUGCUUGCAGAAACAUUUGAGUAAAGGAGGGACGAAGCUGUUCUCCGGUAGUUGGUAUUGUCGUUAGUAGUAGUGUUAUUGUUUUCAAAUAUAUAUCAGAUGCUCCUGAAGCACAUCGACUCGGUCGAGGAGCGCGCCGACCAGCUUCUGCAGCGCGUGCAGGACAGCGUGCGGCGACGCGACGCCUUUCUUCAGCAAAUUCGCCAGUCCGUCCACGCCGACGGCGAACUCAACGCGGCGUUGCACGAUAUUGACAACGUGCGGUAUCGGCUGAUGCCACAGUACGUCCACCGCAGCGCAGCGCUCGCCCGCACCGUGGCGGCGAACGCCUCCUUGGCGGAGCGCAGCUCUAAACGAGUCCGCCGCCUCGAUGUGCUGCUGCAGCGCGUGCAGGAGACGAACAGGAUAGUGGAGGCGAUGCGGGCGAUGGAGAGCGACGUGGCGCAGGUGUCGACGGUACUGGAGGCAGGGGAUAUCGAGAAGACGGUGGAGCUCCUGCACUCGUACAAGGAGGCGCAGCGAGUCCUGAUGACCGCCUCGCCAUCUGCCGUGACAGGCACCAUGCCUUCACCUACACCGACCACGGCGGAUGGUGAUGUGAUGGCGGAAGAGGACGGUCUUCAUGGCAAUAGUAAUGCUAGCCACAUCAAUGGGGCGGACGCCUCUCGCGCGGCGGCAGCCAGCAGCAACUCCGCGUUAAUCAGCGAUGUCAUGCGUAACGCACGUGAGACGGUACACGCGCGUCUGCUGACGAUGAUCCAAGACGCGGUCGCGGUGAACGACAAACUGACCAUCAUGAAGCUCACGCGGCUGCUGGCGGAGCUCGGCGAAACGUCGACUGCCGCCAACCUUUACAGCACCUGGAUCGCCGAUCACACCAUCGCCGCGCUGGCGAAGCUGAUUGACGGAGAAAUGAAGAAAAUGGACGAUCCGGCGGAGGUGGCCAUGACGCACCUCGCACUCGUCUCGCAAUGCCUCGACAACGUCGCGGCGGCCUUCGAGAACGAUGAGGAGUUCACCCGCGAGGCGUUUGGAGCGCAGGGGCCGCUGACGCUGCUGACGGAGCUGCACAGCAGAGCCACGGCACGCUGCGUGCCGGUCUUAAGCGACUUCAUUGACCGCCGGAAGGGAGUGCUAGCGCAGUUGGAGACGCACGCGGCUGCCGCGCAGUCGAGCCGCAACGACAGCAGCAGUAACAGCAAGCAAGCCCGUGCGUCAUCGCCCGGCCCGGCCGGUAGCGCGGCAGCUCGUGCCUCCUCCCCCCUGUCUGCCGCCGCAGCCAGCAGCAGUAGCAACAACCAAAACGCCGUCGUGGCCAGCGCCCGCCGCGCCGAUCAGAUCCUGGAAGAGAUGAGCCACGUCGUCUCCUGCGGCUACAUCUACCUCACCUUCGUUCAGAAGAAGCAAACGGAGUAUGAAGCGCGGCGGCGCAAGGAGGAGACGGCGGCGGCAGGCGGGGAAGGGGAAUCCGACGCGGUCAGCGACGCAGCGGGCAGCUCCAGCAUCGGCGGCAACAACACCGCCGACAGUCUGUGGAGGACGCGCGACAACGCGCUGCUGAACUCGAUGCAGGACAUCUUAGCCUUCUACGUCCCGCUGCAGAACACGUACUUCGCCAUCGCGUACGAUCAGGCGGUCGACCUGCAGAUGCACGCGAUCCGCGACGCGGCGACGCAGGCGGCGGCAGCGGCGGCGCGGGCUGCUGGUAGUGGCGAUGCGCGUACGCGCACCCCCGCUGCUGCUUCUGCUGUCGCCGCUGGUGCAGCCGCCGCGGGAUGGGCAGGCGGCAACAGUCGGAGUCUCGCCAGCGCGGCGUUGCCCUCCGCCGCUGCCGCAACGACUUUUAUGUCAGGGCUGCAGAACCUGUACGCCGUGGCGGCGAGCAGCGCGGAUGAGCUGAUCGGCUCCGUCGGGGGCGGCACCGCCGCGACCACCACCAUGCUGGGCGGGGCGUCGGACCAAGCGGACCUGGCGUUGUUCUGGUACUACACCCACAAAGGCCAGGUGACGCUGCCGGAUGACGUCUUCUUUGUGCUGCGUAUGGCGAUGCAUCGCGCGAUGAACACCAAGUCAGCGCAGAUCUGCUCCGCGGUGAUCAUGUCCAUCAUGGACGUGGUGCAGUCGCGGCUGCUGCCGGAGAUCGAGCAGCACACACUCGUGGUCAGCGGUGGAGGCGCUGCUGGUGCGGCGACGACGAUGACCGGCGUGGCAUCGCCCGUGGGUACUGGCGGCGCACGUCGCCGCACGACGGCCACCCACGGCGGCUUUCUUUCGCCCGAUGAGCUGCACUGGACCGGCGCCGCGCAGCAGACGGCAACGUACCUGCAGCGCAUGGCGGAUGAGCUGCAGCAGCUGAGUUCGACGACCUUCGCGUCCAGCACGCGUGAUGUGGCCCGCUUUCGCGAGCUGGCGAGCGACAUGCGAACGCAGGGGAGGAACCUGCAGGACAAGCAGAUCCCUUCGUGGCUGGACAGCUUCGCGGAUGUGUGCUGCGACAGCAUCCUGCCCCCGCACAUGGAGCGCUUCGCGGCGGUGUCAUACGACAUGAAAGAGGAGGUGUACUACCACUACGAGAUGAUCGAUGUGUGGGUACAGGCGUGUCUGGUCGACCUCGGCGCGGGUCUGCGCUACCUGCACCAGCACCUCGCGGAGGCGAAGCUCUUUGACACGCUGCUGACCGCCAUGGCCCGCCGCGUCGCCAAGGCAACGAGCGGGGUGCUCCUGCGCAAGCGCUUUAGCUUGUUUGGUGCGUUGCAAGUGGACAAGGACGUGCGGGCGCUACGUACGUUUUUUGUUGAGCUGGCACAGACCGAUCUCUCGCCCAUUCGUGGUGUCUUCGCGCCGCUGAACUUGAUGGCGACACUGCUCUUGUCUGACCGGCCGACGGAUGCGUUGGAGGAGGCGGCGAACACGGCGCUGACGGGCGAGGAGAAGAAGAAGGUGCUGCUGACACGUGUGGAGUUCCGCAAGGAGGCGGUCAUGUCGCUGCCAUUGUAG